AAGAAACACUACUGCUGCUGCCAAUCAUGCUGCCAAUAGCAAGAGAUUCCGGCUCAGCCAAUCGGAGAAGCGUUUAUUGGUCGCGAGCAGCAACAAUAACACACCGACUGGAGGGAUAAAUUAUGAAUCUUGGUGAUGGUCUGUUGUUUCAGCUGGAGAAUGGGAAGCCCAGGCUUGUGUUGGCUAAAUAUGGGGCUGAAUCAAAGUCCUCUAAUCAUCAGAAGUCCACUUGCCCGAUACUCCCAAAGAAAAAAUCACAAAGAAUCAUCAACUCAGAGCAUGGUCUUUCUCAACCAGAGAGGCAUAAACAGGACCAAAAAUGCAGAGAAACAACAUCUAGCAGUUACAUGGCACAGCAUAUAGCAGAUGGAAACAGAAAAACCAUAAACAGGGGCAGGUCAGAAAGCCACUUCAGAGGGACUGACAGAAUCCAGUCUGAGAGAAAUGGGAAUGAUUCCAGCAUGGCCAAAAACCCAAAUUUGGUUUGUUUAACACAAAAACAAUUUCAACAGAUACUGAGCACCAUCAACAGCACAAAUAACCUACAAACCCACACAGCCAAACCUGUGGCCAGCUCAGAAGAAAACUCCCCUACUGUCACAACAGCUGAAGGGUUAUUUCUAUGUGGCAACAAUAAUAGACAAGGAGUGGAAGAAGAAAAGAAAUACACAGAAUCUCUCUCACAUGAUCAACAGUCCGGGCUAUUCAGCACGUUUGGAGAAAGAGAUGCUGUGGAGCAGAGAAAAACUGAAUGGAGGAGAGAGCUUGAUGAGCAGAUGGCUUUAAAGAGGAAGCAAAAUGGUAGAAUGAAGUCAUAUGAUAAAUUACAUGAAGAAACGUUGAAAGCACAGGCAAACAUGGUGCAUGAUUUGGGGACAGCACAGACUUCUGCUAGAACAGAAAAUUCAAACCCCAAAGCUCAAAUCCGGACACACAGACAGUUGCCAGCUGCUAUUCGCUCAGCCUUCAUACCAGGGGAAGCUGCUCCUUUAGAGAAUGCGUUCAGCACUCAAAGAGCUGAGCAACAGAGACAGUGGUUACAGGAACUGGAUCAGCAAAGAGAGGAGGCCAAAUUACGCAGACAACGUGAGAAAGAAAUAGACUGCCAGGCUGAGGACAUAGAUCGGUGGGCAGUUCAUUUUGACUCUCUUCGUCAGGCCUCCGCGGUGGUUGCUGAUCACAGGGAACCCAACAUUAGGAGCUCUCUUUCUCAACAGCGGUCUAUCUCUCAAGCGCUCUCCACGGAAGGAAUAAGUGUGUAUGGAGGAGAGAAUCUUGGCAGAGCCAACGUUGAAACUACUUUGGACAAUCAGCAAAGAACGAGUCAUCUUCGCACCAUGACAGCCCUGCUGGAUCCUGCUCAGAUUGAAGAACGAGAACAUCGAAGAGUCAUACAGGUUGAGCACCAGGAAGCAGUUAAGGCUCAGGUAGAAGAACGGAAACGUCAGAGAGAGAAAGAAGAGGCCACCCAGCGGGCACGUGAGGAAGAAGAGGAGAAGAGAGUCGAGAGAGAGAGACAACGACUCCAGGAGCAGUUUAUGAAGGACACAGAGCGACAGAGAAACAGAGAGGAGUUGCACAUACGUAAAACUGAGGAGCUGUAUCUGAGCAUUCAGAGAGCCCAAGAGGAGGCGCUUAAAGACAAACACCUUCAGAGAAUCAAAGACUUGGCUAGAAAAGGCCAUGAUGUGUCCAGACUACUACGCAGUGUGGAAGGAGACUCAGUUCCACAGGUCUUUAGUGGUCAAGAGUCACCUGAUACAUCAGCAAGCUUAAUAUCAUCUGAGAUUCUCAUCAACAAAGUAGAAUCUACUAUUGCACCAUCUCCACGAAAAGAUAUCGCUGUUCAGACAGUGUGUGACCCAGAUAAACAGUUUUCCAAUGCCGACGUAACACACACCGCUCCUCCAAACACCCUCACUGCAAGGAAUUCCCAACUCAACAAUAAAACACUAGCUCAAAGGAGUCAUGGCACAGAAAACAUCAACACUGCACACACAGAAGCUGAAGCAGACCCUUAUGAGCCUUACGCACGGACCAGCAGAAACAGUAAACCGCAGCCCAGAAAAAAGCCUGAGUGGAACAUACAGAGACCCAGUAAAGCUUUUAUCCCAGCAUCUGAGCGGUACCCUGAGGCUCUGCAGCAACACAGACAGAAAAGCAGGAAACACAGACAGAUGGAGCUCAUGAUGCUGGUGGAGAAGAACACCGUGUCAGAAACAACUCAACAAGAUCUUCCUCCACAACCCAACAACAACAGAUAUAUAGCACAAAAGCAUAAAAACCCAGCACAAAAACAGAUUGAAAAUCAACUGCAAGAACCAUCAACCGAAAGUAGAGGGCGCUCUCCUUCUGUUCCUGCUGUGAAGAACCUUCCCAAGCAGUCCACCCAUUACAUGAUAGAGAAAUAUGCGGAGGACACAGGCUGUCCUCCUUCAUUAGACUAUGUGCCAUAUGUACGAUCAGAUGAGGUUUACCAUAUGGACCCCAUGGCUUCGCUCUCCAGACCCUCCACACAUGAAACCCAACAGAGGUUAAACAUAGGGAGCAAAAGCAGACAGGCAACACCUCUGGUCCAGCAAGACCCAUCACAUAAAAGCACUGAAAGGCAACAAGCCAUACUAAAGGGUCUGUCAGAACUGAGACAGGGUCUACUGCAGAAACAAAGGGAGAUUGAAAGCAGUUUUAACCCUUUACUUCAAACACACAAAAACUUGCCCCCUUUUCGGCCUGUGUAAGAUUAUGCUCUCUUUAAAAGAGAAGGUGAACUCAGCACUUUAUCAAACAUUUCUGUGGAGGAUCAAAAAAAACUUCCCGAAGAACAGACACUAGACUGACUUUGUAUUAGCACUGCUAACUGAUGAGAAUUUAGGUGAUGAAAUGCUUAAGAUGGUAAUUUUAUCGUAUUUAGUGUAAUUUUUUUGUGUGGGGGGUUGGCUUUGUGGCUGAUUUGAAUCAACUUGCAAGUUGACUCAGUAUAAGCUUAUAAAUGUACUUGGAUGUGAAUUUCUGUUUUCCAAUAUGUACAUGUGAAUUAAAAGUAUUACAAUUUAAAAUGUAUGGCAAAAA